AUGGCUAUAGGUCAGUUUCACCAGUGCACAUUCAUCUUACUGACACAACACCUUUGCAUGUGCAUAAGUCGCCUUAGAAAUGAUUCAAGACUUUUGGAGAAGAUUUCACAGCAACGAGGCACAUCUACUCUCAACAAGACAUUAAAUAGGCAGCUUUCCACUCAAACAGCAAGUAGAAGCAGAAGGUCUCAACCGGCUGCAUCGCAACGGAAACUGAAACAACUGAAAGAGUCGGAGGACGCGCUGAGAGAUAAAGAGAGACAACUCGAACAAUUUGAAAAGAAACUUUUGGCAACUGACAUGGAAAACAAAAAAAUUUUAGAAAACAUAGAAAACAUUUGCACUGCUCUGGAGAAUUCAAACGAUUCAGCAGCAGCAGCAGACAAGCAUCAUAGAGACCUGGCUAUGGAGCCAGACGUGAAUCAACUUGGCAGGUACCAACUACUCCUGCAGGCACUGGCCCUAAAAAUCGAUGACUUCACUACUUUGCUGAAGAACAUCAAGGAGGAUAUGCUGUUCAACUCCUCGCCGGCAUUGACGGAGGUGCAGAUGGAUCACCUGGUGACUCAGAAGAAACUUCUGGAGAGGGAUCUUCGGAGGUUUGAUGAAGUCUUCAGCUUUUUGAGGAGGGAGAUGAUCAGACUGCUGGAGGAGAGGCCCAACUUCAUCCAGUUGAACGUCGAAAGGGAUGAUCUCCUCAAUAAAGUUCACAAACUAAGCAAGGCACACGAGGUGGCCGACUUGAAGAAGAUGAGCCUGGAGAAGAAUGAUGUCCUGUCUGAGUUGGAGGCUCUGAAGUCGGAACAUCUUCAGAACGUGAACAGCAUGGAAAGUUUGAAGCAGACGAAAGCACAUUUGCAGCGGGAACUGACGAACAAAGAAUCAGAACUUUCGAGGUUGACUAGUAAGGUUAAAAAUUUGGAGACCUCACUGCACGUCGAGAAGUCUUUGAAAGAAGAGUUGAAAGAAAAAGUGAAUGUGGAUAAGGAGAACUUUAAAAAAGCAGCGAGACUGCACAAAAUGAGAGCUGAUAAGAACGAGUCCAACCUGGCGAACGCGCAGACUGCACUGGUUGAGAAAAACUCCGAGGUUGAGAAACUCGUGGAGCAAAUGAACAGCAUGAAGUUACAAAUGGCCAAGAUGGCUAAGGAAAAGAUGAUGGCAGUUGCUGAACUCGAUAAUGUUAAGAGCGUCCAGCAAAAAAGGAAAAGUUCGGCAGGAGGUGAUGCUGAUGCGGAUGAUAAUGAUGACAACAGCUCAAAAAAACUUAAAGAAAUAAAGGGGACCAAGAUUUGUGGUAGCGUGGCCAAAAUUAGGCUGGCGAGCUUUUUUUGA